GCUUGGCAACACUGCGAUGACUCGCUUGUCAGUAAGUACCAGAAUAUAGAUGGUGGUGACGUUUGAAGUUAAUUUUAUAAUUAGAGAACGUAAACAAAGCAAAGAAUGAAAAAUGCAACAGGAAUUUUAAUUCCUUUUACCAACAUAUUUCACUAAAUAGCCAUGUAGCAGUACUUAAAAUGAGACUUACUAGAUGUUCACUAAAACCUAGGUCCUAUUCAUUAUAUUUUUGGAUUUCGAUUACAAUAAUAAUACUCUACAUGGAAUACUUCUCAUACAUCCUGAACACAUUCAAUUGGCAUUCAGUUAAAUGUACAGACAGACCUAAAUGUGCAAGGAUCUUACUUGUAGCUGACCCCCAAAUAAUUGGAAACAAGAAUGAAGCUCCGCAUUUUCUUACCCCCUUCACCAUUUUUGAUAGUGACAGAUACUUACAUGUGACCUACCAGUUAGCUUUUGAGUUUGUUAGGCCUGACAUUGUAAUAUUUCUUGGUGAUUUAAUGGAUGAAGGCCAUACUGCAUCAGACAUAGAAUUUAAUAAUUAUGUUCGCAGGCUUUUCAAUAUAUUUUUAAUUCAUACAGAUGCAGCUAUGUAUGUAAAACAUGUCUGGUUACCAGGAGAUAAUGAUAUAGGAGGGGAAGAUACUGUAGUAACACAACAAAAAGUGAGGAGAUUUGAAAGAGCAUUCACCCAGCCUAGCAUAUUCAGUCAUCAUAAUAUUACUUUUUUUAAAAUCAAUAGACUAACAAAUAACAUUCCAGUUUAUAAGAAGAAUAGAGAAUUUUAUGAUACAAGCGAAAUAUUUGUUGGUCUUAGCCAUGUGCCUAUGAUGUUUAAGCCAUCCAUUUUUGUAGAUAAGGUAAUAAGCAAAAUGCUGCCCCAGCUACUGUUCAGCGCCCACGAACAUAAAUCGAUGAUAAUCAGCACUGACGCCUUGUUGCGUCAUGACUUUCACAUCGUACCUGUCACGCCCGACAAUAAUCAACCCUACGAGUAUACGCUUGGCGCCAGAGAAAUGUUCGAGAUCCUCAUCCCCACUUGCUCCUACAGGAUGGGUACCGACAAGAUCGGUUAUGGCUUAGCUGUCAUUGAGGGCGAUAACCUGAAGUUUACAGUAUUAUGGAGUCCGUCCCGUUUCAACCAACUAACCAAUUACUUAAUUUUAUUAUGUGUUAUUGUUAUAUAUAUUGUUACGUUUCGUUGUUACAAAAUGUUAUGUAGAAGAAGUAGAAAGAUACAGAGACAUUCCGAUUAUUUUUAGACUAUCACUGCGUCAAUAUAUAUAUAUAUAUAUAUGAGUUUUGACAAGACAUAGGACAUAAGUAAACCAAGAACAUACAAAAAAUAUAACUGAUAUUUAAUAUACAGCUAAAGAAAGAGUCAAAAAUCGAUCCGCAUGAAAAAUCCUUGAUACUUGAAUACAGAUUUUCGUGAUAUACGAGUAUUAUUCACGAUAUGGGUAAAAAAAUCGGUCAUUUUCCACCACUAGAUCUACCACUGUCAGGAAAAUAUGCCUCCUGGCUUUCAGGUUGCAACAUAUAGAAAUCAGGAAAAAGGCAAUCAUCUCGAUAAACAUGAGCGUGUUUAUUUGGUAGGUAUGUAAAACCUGAAUCUCAUUGUUCUUGAUUACUCGAAUAUUCAUUUUUGCAUUAGACCAUCUCAUCAAUAAUACUUAUGUUUUGGUCGACCCAACUUACGUGUUCUAAAAGGACGCAUUUAUGUGCUUUCAUUGUUAAAAUAACUAUGAUAUGAAAACCUGGAUGCAGCAACCUGGGUGACAACACUUGCUUACCACUUUCUUAUGGUAUACUUGUAAUAUCUAUAUUAUGUUACGUUAGUAAAUAAUUUCAUAAAUCGAAUAUUUUUAUAACCUUGCUUAAAGUCCAUUGUGACGUUGUGAAAAUUAUGAAUAAAAAUAACUUGACAUUAUGUUAUGAAUACUUAUAGUUACUCUUGUUGCCAAACAAAGCUUUCUCGAUAUUCUAAAUGGUGAUAAAUGAAACAUAUUUACACGUAUUUUUAACAUAUUGUAUAAUUGUUAUAGUUCCUGAUCUUAAAAAUUUUGGAAACCUGUAACAUUCUAUAUUAUGCUUAUUGUACGCAUUUUUUACAGUGCGCUCAGUAUGUCUCAGAAACAAUGCAUUCGAAACACAGGGUAACGUGAAAUGUAAUAAUUCACACAAAUGCAGAUGGAACUUAUCCAAGUUACCAUAUUUUAUAUAAUACUCAGGCGAAGUGAAAAACCAACUCAAUUUAAGUGAAAUAGUAGCGGCAUAAUUAUAUAUUAUAUUUAUACUAACAAGCAAUAAAGUUAAUGCGCAUGUAUUACUUAAGCUUAAGUGAGCACUAUAUACUGUAGCAAUAUAAGCUUAUUUUAAAGCUAUAAAGGCGAUAUGUACUGGCUUUUGAUAUGAGAACCUCUGAAUAUACACUUAUUCUGUU